UACAAUAUACAAUCCUUGCAUCAAUCUCUUCCCAAUAACUAUGAUAUUGAUAGGAAGGAAUACAAUUUGUGCAAAUUUGAAAUGCUUUCAUUUGGUAUGUUGCGUGUUUGCAUCGACCUCUUGGGCCUCUUUACCUACCAUUUGCGCAUUUUCACUCACAAGGCCCAUCAACACUAGGCCCAUUAAUUUAUUGUUUUGCCCCUUAGACCCCUUUCAUAAGGCCCACAAUUCCGUACUUUGUAUGUUUAGCUUUACUUUUCACCACAUCAUUAAUCAACUUGCACAAAUAAGAUGAUAAAAAAAAGUACACGAAUACAUAUUUGAUAUUUCUAACUUGUAUAUAGUGUCAAUGAUUCAGUAUGAAACAUGAGGAAUUGUAUGAUUUGUGUGUUUCCUCUAUCAUCCCUUAACUUUUCAUGUGUUUAAUUUGAUGUGUUUGGAAUUCUUAAAUAUUAUUACACGUAUGUACAAAAUCAAUACCCUCAAAACUUAAAAUUUUUGUAAAUCUUCCACCAAUUCCACAUACAAAUUCUCGAUACAAAUUCAAAAAAUCACACAAAAGCUCUACACUUAGAGUGCGUUUUACUUAUUUUUUGUAAAUUUAUCAAAACUUAUUUUAUUUAUAUAUUGUAUUAUGACAACCUUUUUUUUUUCCUUUGAUUUAUCUUAUCUGAAUGUAUCUAAACUAAAUUGAACUUCAAAAGGUCUUGCGCGCACAAGGUGUACAAUAAAUUUAUUGUACACCAAGAUAACUUUUACCAUUUUUUUGUAACUUUAACCUAGUUUUGAUUAACUUUUAUAAACGUUGAUAGAUAAACAUUUUAAAAUGUUAAAUGAUUAAUUUUAUACCUUAUUAGUGAUUUUGAAGAAAUAAGUUUUAUUAAAAUGAAAAAAUUUAUCACUAAAAAAUAGAUAACUUUUACAUAUAUAAGCUUAACUUUUAAGCAUUUUGAGUUAACUUUUACUCCGGUGUACAAUAUUUAUUGUACAACCAUUGUAAAUAAGAAUUUGUGAUUGAACUUAUAUGUACAGAUUUUCUUUAAAUAACUGAAGAUAAGAUAAACAGAACAAAGCCUUAUGAGUUCUAAAUUAGGAUUUUUAAAUCUAAAAUUGAUUUUGCACCACAUAAACCGAUAAACUCCUCUAAUGGCUACCUUAAGAUGUGGGUAUUAUCUUUAAAUCUAUAAACACCUACCUUAAAAUGUGGGAAUUUUAAGUUACAGAAAAUUCUGAAAAAUUGUGUUUCACAUCCAUAAAAAAAAAAAGAUAGCCACUUAAUUUAAGAGUUUUAAACCAAUCAGGCAACUACAACGCUUUCCUUUUGACAUUGACCGUACUUAAUUGUGUAGUUUAAAUAUGGCGGCAAAAUCAACUAACUACGCACUGAAUUUCCAAAAUACAGUUACAAACACAAUUAACCAACCAAAAAUGUUAUCCCUCCACCUCCCACCUACAACAACUUUCUCAUUCUCUCUCCUAAAAUCCAACCCUCAAAAACCCACUAAUCAUCUCAUUUUCCACUUCAACUCUUCCCUCUCUUCUUCUUCUUCCCGUAAAUUCGAGAAGCUUCCUUUCGGAAUCGCCUCGGCGGCUCCCACUGCCUCCAAAGUGGGACCCGCCGAGGCGGAGGAGGAAGAGGUGGAGCUGCCAGCGGGGUUGCAGCGAGAAGCGAUGCCCCGGCACGUGGCGGUGAUAAUGGAUGGGAAUGUGAGGUGGGCCAAGCAAAGGGGGUUGCCUGGGGGUAUGGGGCAUGAAGCAGGGGUGAGAUCGUUGAGGCAGAUGGUGGAGUUAUGUGGGAAAUGGGGUAUCAAAGUUCUGACUGUCUUUGCCUUCUCCUGUGAUAAUUGGGUUCGCCCACAAGUGGAGGUUGAUUUUCUAAUGAGCUUGUUCGAGAAAGGAAUUAAAUCUGAAUUAGACAACUUUAUCAGGCAAGGCAUCAGGAUAUCAGUAAUCGGAGACCCUUCAAAGCUCCCAAAAUCCUUACAGAAACUAAUAGCUGAUGCAGAAGAAACCACUAAAGAUUUCACAAACUUUCAACUAAUUGUCGCGGUUAGUUACAGUGGUAAAUACGACAUCAUACAAGCGUGCAAGAACAUUGCUCAGAAAGUGAAAGACGGUGAUGUUGAAGUAGAAGAGAUCGAUGAAACAUUGAUUGAACAAGAACUCGAGACUAACUGUACUGAGUAUCCUUACCCUGACCUGUUAAUAAGAACUAGUGGUGAGUUGAGGGUCAGUAAUUUCUUGCUUUGGCAAUUGGCUUACACUGAGCUGUUUUUUGUGAGGGCUCUUUGGCCUGAUUUUGGAGAAGAUGAGUUUGUCGAGGCUUUGAGGUCGUUUCAGCAAAGAAAUAGACGUUAUGGUGGCCGAGAUUUACAGGAAUCAAGUGCUGCUAAUCGAUAACAAAAGGAAAAAACUGCUGAUGAAAGAGCUUAUUCUACGGUAUCAGGGCAGAAAGAUGAGAAUACAGUUACUAUGGAAGAAAGAAAACAUUUCCCUUAGCCCAAUUUUUACCCUUAAAAGUAAAAUUAAACUAGAAAAACUGUAUCUCGCUCUAGAGCGAGAUUCUUAUGUAUAUACGAAGUACGUUUUAACAGUAAUAAAGACACAGAACAGGAAUUAUGUACUGAGAACUCCCACCUAUGGCAGAAGUGUGGAUUUUAAGAUUUACGGAGUA